UCGGACAGUAUCACCUCUCAUUAUCGUAUUCAUUUUCACCUCAUUGACAGUUAAAAUUUGAGUUGAAUCUCUAUAGUGCUCAUUAUGCAUUCACUAAUAAUGAAGGCAGUCGAUGAUCGGAACAAGAUGAAAGACGAAAUCUCUAUGAAAAAAAUUAAUGCUACAAUCCUGAUCAGACUGAUUUUAUUCCUAUAUUUCUAAAUAGGAGGUUGAACAAUGGUUGAUAAAAAGGUCGUGAGCUCAUCCACGCAAAAAUCGACAAAAACAUCAACCGAACCAGAUGGCACCAUUAUUGAAACCAUUACGACAACGAUUACCGAAAAGUAUUCUGAUGGAAGUUCUGGAGUUAAAACGAAAGUGGAGACUAUAACUAAACCUUCCACAAAAUGCCCAUCUUGUGCAGGAGGUGCACAGGCGCCUACCCAUUCGAGUCCAGCCCACAGUACUGCACCGAAAGUCGAGAACACUACAGAUCCAACUUUCAUUCAAGAAGCUCUUGAGGAGCAUAAUGUCCUCCGAGCCAAACAUGGAGCCCCUCCGCUUAUCCUUAACGCAGAUCUGGGGAAAAUUAGCCAAGCUUGGGUCAACAACUUGGCGAAACUUGGGAAAAUGCAGCAUAAUAGCACUUGCGGAUUCGGGGAGAACGUCUACUGGAAUACGGAGAAAGUUGAUGGGAAGAGACCUGUAAGUCAAUGGUACUCGGAAAUCAAGGAAAAGCUGGAGCCACAGCCAGGGACGGGACACUUUACUCAAGUAAUUUGGAAGUCCACGGCUGAAAUGGGUAUAGCAAUGGCUAAAGGUCCGAAUGGAAAUUUUGUCGUUGCAAAUUAUUAGCCUCAAGGAAAUUUCAUUGGGAAAUAUGCAGACAAUAUCCAAAAUACGUCAU